UCGUCGUAGCGUGCGAUGGUAAGAGUCAGGAAAUGUGUAUUCUUCACCACUAUUAAUUUCAGUUUUGACUGGCUUUUGGUCAUCUCAAUCAACCAGCGAAAGAGAAUUGAUGUUGCAUGUUGUCUGUGUAUUUAGCAGCAUUGUUCGAUUGCCGCAUUUGCCAGUGGGACACCAAGCCUUCAGAGGGGAUGUCUGUGAGCUUUUUGUAGAGGGGUAUUUAGCGCAUUUUAAGGAACAAAAAUGCAUCAGGCACUGAAAAUUUUCUUGACAGAAGGACAUUGCUGGGACGACUUCAGCAGCAAGACAUAUGCCGAACUAUUUCAACGGCUAGACACAAACAAAGAUGGAAAAGUGGACGUUGCAGAGCUCAGGGCAGGACUUACUGCCAUGGGCGUCACAUUUCGCAAGGGAGCAGCUCAGGAAAUUGUUGAGUCAGGUGAUAUUAAUAAGGACGGAGGGCUGGAUUUCAACGAGUUUUCCAGGUACCUGAAAGACCAUGAAAAGAAACUACGUUUGACGUUCAAAAGCCUGGACAAAAACAAGGAUGGUCGCCUCGACGCCUCUGAAAUCAAGCAGUCUUUGGGCGAGAUUGGCAUUGACAUAACCAAAGAGGAGGCCCUGAAGAUACUGCAGAGUAUUGACAUUGACGGUACCAUGACAGUGGACUGGCAUGAAUGGAGAGAGCACUUCCUCUUCAACCCUGCCACUAACCUGGAAGAUAUCAUUCGCUACUGGAAGAAGUCCUCCGUGCUGGACAUUGGAGACAGCCUCUCCAUCCCAGACGAGUUCACGGAAGACGAGAAGACCACGGGCAUCUGGUGGAAACAGUUGGCAGCCGGGGCGAUAGCAGGGGCAGUCUCCCGCACUGGCACUGCUCCGUUGGACAGGAUUAAGGUUUUCAUGCAGGUCCAUUCUUCAAGGUCAAAUAAGAUCAGCCUGGUUGGUGGCUUCAAGGGAAUGAUAAAGGAGGGCGGCGUGGCAUCCCUGUGGAGGGGCAACGGCAUCAACGUCAUCAAGAUCGCCCCAGAGACCGCAAUCAAGUUCAUGGCAUACGAACAGUACAAGAAGCUGCUGUCGUCGGACGAUGGGAAAGUGAAGACUCAGCAGAGGUUCAUGGCCGGCUCCUUGGCUGGAGCAACUGCUCAGACUCUUAUCUACCCCAUGGAGGUAAUGAAGACCAGGCUGGCCCUCCGGAAGACAGGCCAGUAUUCCGGAAUGGCUGACUGUGCCAAGAAGAUUCUACAGAAGGAGGGCAUCAAGGCGUUCUACAAAGGCUAUGUUCCAAACCUUAUAGGAAUCAUUCCCUAUGCCGGGAUCGACCUUGCUAUAUAUGAGAGCUUGAAGAAUGCCUGGUUGUCCCGCUACGCCAAGGACACGGCUAACCCUGGUAUCCUGGUGCUCCUGGGCUGUGGAACCAUCUCAAGCACGUGUGGACAGCUUGCCAGUUACCCACUUGCUUUAGUGCGGACACGGAUGCAGGCUCAAGCGUCCCUGGACGGCGGUGAUAAGACUUCAAUGAGUUCGCUGGUGAAGAGCAUUGUGGCGAAGGAGGGCUUUUUUGGCCUCUACCGCGGCAUCCUCCCUAACUUCAUGAAAGUCAUUCCUGCUGUCAGUAUUAGUUACGUGGUUUACGAGUACACCAAAACAGGACUUGGCAUAUCAAAAUGACAAGGAAAAUAAAUGUGUUACGUUCAUUACUCUGUUCUGCUAAUUGAGGUCAUUCAGUUUGCCUGACAUGCUCCUUAGACGGACGUUACAUGUCACAUCUGAAGCAAACAAAGUCGAAUGGCUUGAAUGACAGGGUUGGCAAUGUUUUUUUUUAAACUCUUAUAUGGACUGAAGCAUGGUUUAUAUUCACUAUGAAAUGCACUCUUAAUAGGACCAAUAGAAAAUGUUCAAAUCAUGGAUUUAAUUUUUUAUUACAUACAUCUCUUUGAAUGGCCAAAGCCAAGUUUACCAUAGCAAUAUCAAUACAACAGCCAAACAAGUGCACUUGUUGCCAUCUUCAGCCAUGUCAAAGUAGCAUGUGCCUUGAAUGUGCCUAUGUUUUAUGUUUUUUAUACGCCUUUUGUUUCAUACGUUUACAUUCUGUCAGUUACAACACUGUUAUUUUGACAUGAUAAGUUUGAUUUUGAGCAUUUUAUGAAAAGCAGACCUGCAUUAUGCAUUAUGUACUGUAUGUAAGGAAAAUAUGGAAAAAAUGUCUUAAAUGUGGAGACACUGCAUCACCACUAAAUGUGAACAUUAAAAUAUAUUGUUUAUACGAA